CAUCGGAAUGACUCCUCCAAGACAACGAUGAUGACAAUGAGUGUAAGGCUUAUAUGGCUGGCUCUCUAUCACUUUUACACGACAACUAGUGGAGUUGUGACAGCAAAUUCAGAUGAGUGCAGAGCCAUUCUAUUCAAACCAGUCACCAAAGACAAGUAUUUACUUAAUCACAUAAUCAAAACUGUGCCAGUUGAAAGUGAAGAAGGCUGUGAACUAAUUUGCUAUGGGGACCCUGACUGUGUGUCUUACAACUACGGGCCAGUACUAAGUGAGAUUCCUUUAUGCGACCUGAAUAACAGCACUCAUUUACAAGUCACCAGCGUGAACUUCAUAACCCGAAAUGGCUUCAGCUACCGAGGAAUUGAAAAUCCUUGUGGAAGCAGCCCAUGUCAGAAAAAUUCUACAUGUCAAGCUGGUUUUACUUCAAAAGGAUACCGUUGUGUGUGUCCACAAGGACUCGGGGGGGAGAAUUGUGACCAAGUCAUUCUGCCUCAGAACUGUUCCCAAGCCGUAAAGGAAACAGGAGUCUACGAAAUCUCCAAUCAUGGAUCAGACUCAUUCCCAGUGUACUGCGACCAGACAAGUGAUGGAGGGGGCUGGACGAUGGUAUUCAAACUUGUUAGUGGCCUCUCUCCAUUGGACGUUGGUGGAAUUUGGUCGUCACCCUCCCUCCAUCAUGAAAAUCUCAACGAAACCUUCGACUUAACGUCAGCUUAUCCAACUCAUUACAAGAAUCGUAUUGUACUGAACUGGAAAUAUUUUGACCCUAAAGAAGUUCGCGUCGUUAUAUACAAGGACAGUCAACAAGUCACCUCCCUCAAGUUCAAUGCCACUGAUACAGACAACUUGAAUUGGUUUUCACAUGAAAACCUAAUUUACUCGCCAUGGAGUGAUCUCAAGAUGUUCCCAUCCGUAAAUUUUGGCCUUCUGGGUCCCAUAGUUUCCGAUCGCUUCUUUGAGAUAACUGGCCCUUACACUGGUUGUCAAACUGAUAUCGGUUGGUUGGUAGUUACUAGUCACCCAGUAUGUCCUUGGGACAGACGAUCACCUCAGCCUAGUAUCCAAUACAGCAAGCAGCGCAUGGCGUCGCGUAUGGAAAAUUACGGAAAUGUUGGGAUUGCAGACGUCCUCGCCGUGUUUGUUCGCUAACAACAAAUCAUUUAAAAGGCUCAGCGGAACCUUUUCUGCAAUAACGUCUUUACCGUUGUAGAAAAUAUUCCUGUGUUGGCAUUAACUUUGUCUUUGGGGAUCGUGAUCUCUUGAUUAUAUCUAUAGUUGAAAAAUUUAGGUUACAGUUUGUAUAGUAAAUAGUUUAAACCCAAAUGUUACAAUUGAAGUUGUCGAAAUGUCAGUCAUUACUGCCCACAACAGUUUUGUUCAGGACUACUCUCACCCGGACGAUCACAACAUAAGAUCACAGGUCGCAGUUUGAGCAAAACGCUUUUGAACUCAAAGAAAGCUUACUCCUUGAGAUACGAUUUUAUUGAACUUUUAUUCUUUGCAAAUCCACUGUAUCCUUUAAACAGUAAAGAGGAUUUAUAAGCAAUGAAGUACAACCCUUGUAUCAGGUUUAAUUCAAAACGAAUCAGCUGUUAAUCAAGUCUACAACUCAAAGCAUUAAUCUGUCACCACUUACAUUUCUGUUCGGUACGAGCUCUCUAAAUGUGACAUAACAUAUCAAAUAACCACUCAUACAAAUCCGAGUUGCUUCUUUACAGUCUUAAUAAUUAUUUCUGGAUUCUUUUAAUCUAACGGAUAAACGUCCAUACGAAAUCAGGAGUAAAAAUGUACUUAGAAGGAGUUCAUAUUAUAAUUUUGACCGAACUGUUACAUUAAGAGGAAGGGUGAAACCUCGUUAUCAGCAUAUGUAUAUUCUCUAUACUGCUCACAAUGUAUUUCCU